AUGCGCUCCUCUACCCGCGAUCGCCGCGCAACCUCCGGCUUCGGAGCCUUCGAUUGGGAGCUCCCUUCCGCGCCCCCUCCUUCCGCCUCUUCCGCCGCCCAUGCCUCCUCCCGCUUCCCCUCCGCCGCCGGCGGCGCCGCCACUCGCCGCUCCAAUGCCUUCUAUUUCAGCUCCUCCGCUGCGAAACCCUCUUCCGCAAGCGCCGGCGGCGGCGGCGGCGCUCCUGGCGCCGGAUUUGGGGGAGGCGGGGGGUGGUUCUUUUCCGGUCUACUUAGCGGCAUCGGCGGCGGCGGCGGCGGCGGCGGCGGCGGGCGGUCUAGAACGUUCUCCUUGUCUGGGAGAUCUCCGUUUGGGGGAAUAGGGGGGUAUUCUUCUCUCGGCGGUCCGCAAUCCGCGUUUGGCGGGCCGCACUAUGCGUCCUCGUCCGCGUCGUCCGUUUACUCUCUCCUGCUGCCGUGCACAUGCCUGUUCCUAGGGUUCCUUCUCGCGUCCUUCAUUUUCAUAAGCUCUAGAUCGCUGAUUGCCGCGCCGUCGUGGGUCGCGAUUCACGGGCAGAAGCAGCAGCAGGGGUUACCACAGGAGCACGAGCAACAUAUUUCACUGCAACAACAGCAACAGCAGCAGCAACAGCAGGAGCAGGAGGGGCAGCAGGAUGAUUUUUCUCCCACUGAGAGCAGCAGUGCUGGUGCUGAUGGUGAUGGAAACGGGGAUGAUGCGGUAGGAGAGGGCGAAGGCGCGCAAGAUAACACCGAGAAAAGCAGGCGGUUCGGGCCUCGUGAAUCAGCGAAGAAAACGGACAGAAGUGGAGGGGAAACGGCAGGGGAGGAGGGGGAGGAGGUGGAGGAGAAGAAGGGAGGGCGGGAGAGUGUUGAGGGAGAGGAGGGAGAGGAAGGCGUAGAGAGUCAGGCCGAAGGGAAGUUGAGGGAGGCAGAGGCGAUGCUGGAAGGUGUAGGGAGAGAGAGGGAGAGGCGGGAGGAGGAGCAUCUGGAUGAGAUAAUGAAGAGGCUGAAUGGUGGGGAAGAGGACGAGGGGACGGGUGGGGGAGGCGGGAAGAAGAAGAAGAGGAAGAAGGGGGCAGAAGAGGAGGAAGAAGAGGAGGAGGUAGUAGUUUCUGGGAAGAAAAGAGGGGAAGGUGGCAGCAAGAAAAGGCAGGAGGUAGAGGAGGAAGAGAGCGGAGAAGGGGAGGGCAAGGAGGAGGAGAUUAUUGAUGCGCUCUUGAAGGGGAUUGGUGGGGGAGAUGAGGUGGAGGAGAAGGAGAAGGGAAGAGAUGUUGGCAAAGGAGGAAAGAGGAGUGAGGUGGGGGAAGAGGAGGCGCGUGGUGGUGCUGGCAACGGCAGCAGCACUGGCAGUGGCAAUGGCAGUAGCAGUGGCGGCUCCGGUGGCAGUAGCCUGGGCACUGGGAAUGGUGGUGAAGAUGACUCAGCGAGGGAAAUACAUGAAGGGGAUGGCACUGUAAUUAAGGCUGCUGAGACGGAGAAGGGACAUGGGGAGGGGGAGCAAGAGGAGAAGCGAGAGGGUAUAGGUGGAGUGGCAGCAUCGAGUGAAAUUGGUGAGUCAUUUGGCAGCACACAUGGCAGUAGCAAGAAAGAUGGUGUGGAAGAAGGUUCAGCUUUCAAAGUGGCAUCAGGAGAUGGGGACAGAGAGGGGGGAGCUGGUGGUGCUAGUAGUGAGCCCGCCUCAGGGGAAUUAUCAGGAGCUUCUUCAGUUGAUGUUCAAGGAGAGCCAACUGCAGAAGUAGGAGGAUCGAAUGACCAUGCAGACAGGGAGAAGGAAGGAGAAGGUGCGGGUACUCUUGGGGAUGGGAAGAGUGGUGCGGAGGGGAAGGGAGACAAGGAGAAUGGGGCAGAUGAAGAGAAGCAAGGGGCAGAUAGCAGCAACGAUGGAGAGGAGCAGGGUGAAGGCAGUGAAGGCAGUGAGAGGAGUUCUGCAGGCAAAGGCAACUCGGGCGACUCGGUCGAGGCUGAUGCCACCAGCACGCCUGCGGUUUCUGCUGCUGGCCAUGCUCCUGCCUCUCUCCCUUCCCCAGCCACAGCAGCUGCUCCCAGUGCAGCUAGCGAACAAGGAGGAGUGGCAGGCGGUUCAGAUGGGCCUGAGGAAGGCAGCCAGCAGCAAGGGCAAGAGCAGGAAGCAGGGCAGCAGGGCGAGAAUCAAGAUGUGGAACAGCAGCGAGGUACAGGCGGGGACGUUAGCAUCCCAGGAACUGCUGAGGAAAGUGCUUUGAACGACACUGCUGCUGCUGCUACUGCUACUGCGCAAGGCUCUCAUCCUUCGGUAGAACCUGAGGAGUCCAACAUGUUAGGAGGAGCUUCUGAAGAUGGUGCUGCUGCUUCUGCUGGCGCAAGCGCUACGGAUCCAGCUUCCAAUUCCUCCUCGGGAUUAUCUGGCAAAUCCAGCGCGUUCGUCGCGAUGAUUCGGCGCAACGCGCGGUUGCGGCGCGAGUAUCUGUACCGCAAGAACCUGGAGGGCAAGGAGCGCGUGCAGUACGAGAAGAAGCUCAAGAUCCGCCAGGCGCUGCAAGAGGGUCGGCCGGUUCCCACGGAGCUGCGCAACGAGGCGUUGGCGCUGCGGGACGAGAUCGACCUAGAAGACGACUACACCGCGGAGCCGCGGUCGCACGUGGACGAUGAGUACGCGAGGGCGGGCGAGGAGGACCCGCGCGUGCUGCUGACCACGUCGCGCGACCCCAGCAGCCGCCUCACACAGUUCGUGAAGGAGCUCAAGAUCGUCUUCCCCAACGCGCAGAGAAUCAACCGCGGAGGGCAGGUGAUAAACGAGAUAGUGGCAUCGGCGCGCAGCAGUGCGUUCACAGACAUUAUAGUGGUGCACGAGCACAGGGGGCAGCCCGAUGGGCUAGUCGUGUGCCACCUGCCCUACGGCCCCACCGCCUACUUCGGCCUGCUCAACGUGGUGACGCGGCAUGACAUUCAGGACAGAGCGGCCAUAGGCACCAUGUCAGAGGCAUACCCACACCUCAUUCUCGAUAAUUUCUCCACCAAGCUGGGGCAGCGCACGAGCAACAUUCUCAAGUACCUCUUCCCGGUGCCCAAGCCUGACUCCAAGCGCGUCAUCACAUUUGCCAACCAGUCCGACUACAUCUCCUUCCGACACCACGUAUACGAGAAGCCUCAAGCGCUCGCUGGUGCGGGGCGCCGGAGCCUUUUCUCUGCCUCUCCGCUUCCGCACGCGCGGGCAUCUUCCCGCCGCAUCCGCCGCGGAGUGAUCUCCGCAGUCGCCGCGGGAGUGGCUGGAGCCGCAGGCUCAAACAAGACCCGCCUGGCGCGUGCAACGGAACUAGCACAAUGGCUGGCCUCCGCGGGCUUCCCCGCGCAACCUGUUGCGCCCGCGGAUGCCGGAGCGGCGGGAAUCGGGCUCUCCGCCAAGGAGCCAAUUAAAAAGGGCCAAGUGGCGCUGCGGGUGCCGGAGAAUUUUGUCGUGACGUCUGUCGACGUGGCGGAGCACCCAGUGGUGGCGAAGGCGGCGGAGGGACGUGGCGAUUUGGUCGGGCUGACUCUUUGGCUGAUGUGGGAGCGGUCUCAGGGAGACGCGUCGCUCUGGGCUCCGUACAUUCGCACUUUCCCGGAAGCCACUUCGUCGCCGCUGCUUUGGCCGGCAGACGACCGCCAGCGGCUGCUGGCCGGCACGACGAUCGCCGACGAGAUUGACGGCCGGGUGGCGGAGAUGGAAGCGGUGUAUAGCGUUCUUAAAGCCACGCAUUUUGACGCGGACCCUAGUACCUUCCCGACCUCCCCCACCUCCGCUCCGUUUUCUUCGGAGUCUUUUAAGAACGCCUUUGCAGUGGUGCUUUCGCGUGCAGUGUACCUCCCCUCGGUCGACUUAUUCGCCUUGAUUCCCUUGGCAGAUCUAGUUAACCACUCGCCCGCACCCUCUAACCCAGCUAUUCCUCCGCCGUCCUCUUUCGAUUUUGACCCCGCGUCGCAAUGCGUGGUUCUUCGUUCCAACAUUGAUCUCUCUUCCGGCGAUCCUCUCCUCGCAUCGUACGGCGCGGAUCGCACCCCGGCGGAUCUCCUCCUCACGUACGGCUUCGUGCCGCGCUCUUCGCCGUCCGAUUUCAUCCUGCUACCAGUCUCGCUCGUUCCUGGCGACCCGCUGUUGGAAUUCAAGCGGCAGAUUCUAAACGACCAGGGGCUGUCGGUAUCGGAGAUGUUUCCGCUUUUCACGGACCGCUUUCCACGUCAGCUGAUCGCGUUCAUGCGGCUCGCGCGGCUCCAGGACGCGGCGCAACUCGCGGGAAUCAGCUUCGAGCGCGAUGUGAUGCUAUCGGAGGCGAACGAGUACGAGGCACUGCAGAUCCUGCUGCGUGACUGUAACGACCGGAUCGCGGAAUUCCCGCAGACUCUGGAGGACGACCUCCGGCUGCUCAAUCUCGGCUCCGCCGUUUCCGCCGGCGCCGCCUCCGCCGCCGCCGCCGCCGCCGCGGCAAAUGCCGAGAGCAGCAGCAGCAGCAGUGGCAGCGGGGGCGGGGUUUUUGGAGGGCUUUUCGGGGGUUUUGGCGGGGGGCAGCAGCAGAAGCAAUUGGUGAGUGAAGCUGAACGGGCAUCGGCUGCUGCUGCAGCAGAGGCAGCCGCAGCAGAGGAGCGAGAAAUGCUGGCAGCAGCGCUACGGGCGCGGGAGAAGCAGAUUCUAGCCAAUACCGUUGCUGCGCUGCGCACUAAGCUGGCGCCGAUUAGGGGGCUGCCGAGCAAGCAGGGCAUGGAUGAUCCGAACGAGGAGAUUAAAGCCAUGUUUGGCAUGAUGGAGGCAGGGUUUUCUGCGCCGACCAAGCUGUUUUCAGACCUGAUGAAACGGAAGAAUUCGCCUUAA